GCCCUUGACCUUCGCUACCGCCAUUGACAACGCUAUCAACAACAUGGCUGACAUCUAAGGCGAUGGUAUUGUUCACUGAUAUUCUGAAGGAUGUAGCAUGUCUGCAGAGCAUAAAAUGAAGCGAAUUCUCGUAUCAUGAUCAAUAAAGGCUCACGCGCAGGGAGCGGCAAAAAACCGCACCUACGCCUCUUGGAUCUAACUUUUGACAAUGGGGUAACAAAAACGGAACCACAACCGAAACCCCACGGGGGUUUGAGGGGAAGCAAGAAACAUCCUUUAAGUCCAUAUUCCUUCAACAAAACCUCUGAAUACCAUGUUCAGCUUCGAGACGACAUCAACAAACUCUUUCGGGAGGAGUUCUUUGAUGGGCGGGGUUCCCCAGCCUGGGCCUUUGAUAUCAGUAAAGAGAUAACUCAUAGUGGGGAAUCCCCAUUUCAUGUCCAUGGACUACUUAGUACCAGCAAACUUGAAAGUGAAACCAGUUCAGUACAUAACAUCAGGCGCUCAGUCACUCCAGCUUCCUCUGCAAGGAAUACUCCCAGAAAAAGAAAUACAGGCUCUUCCUUUUACCACCCUCCUUCUCCUCACCAGUACCUAACAGCCACAGAUACCUCACAGCUGUCUGCCAAAGAACUCAAAUAUGGACGACCCACUCGCACAACCUUACUACGAGCAAGACAAAGAUGCGCAUCGGCCCCUGUAAAUUCUUACGAUGUCCGAAGAGAGCUGGUCAAAACUGUUGAUAUUGACGAGGUGGACAACCCUGAUACGUUUCGCUAUACAGACCACUGUCUGUCUUGUCGAGAGUCAGAGAACUCACCAUCAACAAACCAGAUAAACAAAGAUGUUCUGGUUGCCCAUCCUGAGGGAGAGUCGCCACACGCCUUCCUAACAGGUGCAAGAUACAACAGGGCGCAUUUCCUUGAUGCUAAAAGUCUGUCGGUAUAUGGAGUGUAUAUGCCAAGGACAAACCCACAAGGAAUCUUUAUGACAGGUCACGCAAAAAGAUCAAGGGACAAAGGCCAAAAUAUUCCAGCAGUACCCCCAGAUUCUCCCAGAUCUGAUGUGGACGACGCAUCCAAGCCCAUGGAGAAACGACCGUCCACGGCGCCCGGUAAAAGGUUGCUAUCCUCCACCCCCUCCCCGCAUCCCGGGGGCCGCCCCCGCAGUGCGUGGGGGGACAACUCCACCACCUGUCACUUGGUUCACGGCGACACUGAAAGUGAGAAUGAGAAACCUAAGAAAAAGGUAGUGCUGGUUACAUUUAAAGGAAGUCGAAAUUUCAAGAGUAGCCCAGAGUCUAUUCUUCCUUCGGUUACCGGCCGCACCGCCCCCAAAACGUACUACCGACGCCCCAGAGAUGUCCCUGACGAUUCUGCGUCCCUGCACAAUCAACCCCCGCCCACCCCAGUAGGGGCUUUCUCUGCACGUGAUGGCAGCGAACAAGUUCCAAAUGACACCGAUCAAGAAAACAUAUUGAAUUCUUUUGUUGAAAAUGCAGACGAUCAGCCCCCUUUGCACACCGACGCAGACAACAGACUAGAAAAGAUAGCAGAAAAAGCUGACGACGAUAUUGGAGAAAAUAUCAACAAAUCAGUACUUAGCCAUGAUAUAAUGCCGGAAGAUUCCGGCCUCACGUCGUUUGAGGCAAAGAAAGACAUAUCUCCCAAACCACAGGAGAGUGAUGCGGAUAGCAAGGAGGGAUCGAGACUGCAGGAUAUCACAAAAGUGACUUUAAAUGGGCAAACCGAACCAAACUGUAACGAAUUAGAUAGUGUUGAUAGUGUAGCGAACGCAAACAAAGAGGUCUUUAUUACUAAUAAUGAUAAACAAGAUGAACUCAUUAACGACUCUGUCGACGAAGCAGCCAAAGAAAAUGGUCUUUCAGACCAGAAAACAGAGCUUGCGACAGAAGAGGAAAUUCCCACACAAAUCCACGUGACAAUUACUGAAAAACAGCAGGAGUCUAAACUCAGCUGAAUUCAUAUUGGGUAAAGCAACAGGAUAUGAUAAUGUCAAUAUACUAUGUACGUCUUGGAUAAUUGUUAUAUUUUAAAAUCGUGGUCUUUCUAAUCAAUAACCUUCUAGCUAGUUAGACUACAAAACAUUACAUGACAAUAAUGAUAAACAGCAAAAAAGAAGAAGAAAAAGCACCUUUCUUUAUCUCGACAUUCCUAUUUCUGAUACAUGAUAUUACAUUUUAUAUUUGAUUGAUGAUAUCUUAUGUGGAAUCUUGUUCCGUUGUUGGCAUAGAGUUGACUGUUUUGGUAUAAACUACCGAAUGACAUAUUAGUAGAUUAAACUGUGACAUUAACCAGAUUUCUAGGUCCAUUUCUUGAUAUAAUGAGAGUUGAACGCAAAAGACAGAUCAAUUUUUCGAUUGAUGAAGUCAAUAUAUAUAUAUAUAUAUAUAUAUAUAUAUAUAUAUAUAUAUAUAUAUAUAUAUAUAUAUAUAUAUAUAUAUAUAUAUAUAUAUAUAUAUAUAAAUAUAUAUAUUUCAUUUAAAAUUAGUUUCGAAUUUUACAAAAUCUAUAUACUGUUGACCUGUCUUCCAGCGCGCGACAGGAAGCGGCAUUGAUAUUUAACCCCCACUUUGCUGUGAGAACCUAGACUACUGAAUCAUAAAAUUUUCCAUGUUUUAAUUGUUUAAUUAUUGUCUUUGCUAGUCGUUUGUUAUAUUCGUAAGUCAAUCUUUAUCAAAAAAAAAUGUGUGUGUUGGUACCGAAGACUUGUUAAUUGUUAGACAUUCAUUUAAAGCGUGUGACAAUGACGUCAUCUUGUGUCCAGCAUAAUAUACCGAGAUUACAAACCUUGCUUCAGUUGAUACCAGGUUUAACGCUCAUUUUUCAUUGGUAGUUAUGUAAUUGUUAAAUUAAACGUGUUUUUACAAAUGUUA